AUGAGUGUUCACGUUAAGAUCAAUGAUGAAAACAUGACUUCAUGGGAAGAUAUCAUUGAUGACAUAGAGAAUGACCUUGAUGAAAACAUGAUGGGAGCUCAAACGUCAGUUAAGGUCAAACUUGGUGAAGUUCAAGAAAAGAUCUCCGAGAUCAAUGCAAAAAUAUCUGCUCUUACAGAGGUUGACGUUUAUUACAGAAGCUUGGAGAGAACUUUAAGCAAACUUGAACGUCAGAACCAAAGUCUCAUAGUUGUGCUCCAGAAACUCAGUCUCAUGCGUAAAGCAUAUAAUGACUACCUACAUGUAAGAGACUUACCUUCUUAUUCUACUCCAGAUCUCGACUUUUCCGAUAUCAGUCCAAUCCUUGCUGAUACAACACUUACGAUAGCAGGGAUGCUUCCUACAUACCCAGAGUAUGAUAACUUACCUCAGCUCUUCGAGUAUCUCAAGAAAAA